GACAACUAUUGUUUGCAAUCAUGGCGAUGCUUCAGCAGCAGCUCCAGACGGAAAUCAACGAGCUCAAGGGCCGUCUUGCCAUAGUCAAGAAGGAGUUUGAAGACACGACUGUGAAACAGCUGGCACAAAAGACCAAGGAAGUCGGCAGGAUCCAGCUGAAAAACCGCAGGACGCUCAAGGGACACCUCGCCAAGGUCUACGCAAUGCAGUGGGCAAACGACCGACGCCGCAUUGUCUCGGCUGCUCAAGAUGGCAAGCUCAUCAUCUGGGAUGCCUUCAAAAUGCACAAGCACCACGCAAUCGCGCUCCGGUCGUCCUGGGUCAUGACCUGCGCCUACUCUCCGUCCGGCCAAUUUGUCGCUUGUGGCGGCCUCGACAACGUCUGCACACUGUACUCGAUUCGGGAAGGCGAAGAUGCACGCAUCUACCGCACGCUGAGCGGUCACGACGGCUUCAUCUCGUGCUGCCGAUUCCUGCCCAACGAACGUCAAAUCAUUACUGCCAGUGGCGACGCAACCUGUGUGCUUUGGGACAUUGAGACCGGUGAGCGGUUGAAGGCCUUUACUGGACACGCGGGAGAGUGCUUGAGCGUCAACGUAUCGCCCGAUGGCAGCACGUUCGUCUCUGGCUCUAGCGAUGGCACGUGCCGCAUCUGGGAUGUUCGUUCUGGUCGAUGUGUCCAAUGGUUUAACGGCCACGAAUCUGACGUGAACGCUGUCGUCUACUUCCCGAACGGCGAAGCAUUUGGCAGCGGCAGUGACGACGACACUUGCCGACUUUUCGAUCUCCGAGCAGACCAGCAAAUCAUGCAAUAUUCGCGCGAUGUCAUCAUGGCUGGUGUCACGUCCAUCGAUUUCUCAAUGAGUGGUCGACUUUUGUUCGCUGGCCACGAUGACUUCCAAGUCAAUGUCUGGGAUACUCUGCGCGGCGAACGCGUGGCGCUGUUGGAUGCCCACGAGCACCAAGUCAGCUGCUUGGGUGUUUCUUCAGACGGUGCAGCUCUCGCUACUGGAAGCUGGGACUCGUAUCUUAAGGUUUGGGCUUAAUCCUGAACAAUUGCCCCUCAUCCCUUUUGUUCAAUUCUUCUCUCUCGCUCUCUCUCUCUCUCUCCGUUUUCUCCCAACCUUGUACUGGGAUACAAGCCGCACUGUUGAUUCGAUUUUUGAGUAUUUUGUUUGCGUUCUAUGAGUAUUGGUUUCCGUUGUGUCUACGAAAAGAAAUAAAAACGUUGUUUUCUG